GGGGGUGACGAGUGCGGUGGUGAAGGGGAAGAAGCGGAGGGAGAAGGAGAAGAAGGAGGAGGAGGGGAGUGGUGGGGGAGAUGGCGUCAACAGCGGCAAUGCGGUGCCGGGGGCGCAACGGCUGAAGAUCCACGACCGCACCAUCCACAAGCGCAUGGUGACUGCCAAGGCGCUCAACAAGCUGCGCGCCAAGUCGGCAUCCGACCCCAAGAUGGCCGAGUGGCGGGAGAUGAGCCCGGGCGCCGGGGGCAGCGGGAGCGUAGGGGGCGGCCAGAAGAACAUGGCGGCUCGGGUGCCGGGUUACACCAAGAAGUCGAACUGACAGAACAAACGGGUGUUGUGACCCCUUGUGUGGGAGAGAGGUGCCGGUAGUGGGAUUGCGUUGGGUUGCCUUGGUUUGGCAUGGUGGAGGGGGGCUGAGAGUGGUGUGUAGAGCUCUGCGUGCUAGGGCUGCAUAAAGGGAAGGGGGCCCACUGGAGGAGGGAGGCCUACCACAUGCGCGCCAUGUUCGAAGGUACUUGCUACACCAGCAUCUCGGUGUGGAGGAGGGGUGCGGUGGGGCAGGUUGCUGGCGAGGGAAGACAGAGAGCGGAGUGCGGUUUCGCGGAUGGGUGUGGCUACAUGAGGGGGGUCCGGCUGCCGGAGUGGCGAUGGGGCGGGGGGGGUGGGCUGUCUGUUGCUACCAGCUGCUGCUAGCAUAUCUCUUAGGAAUGAAUGAAUGGCCGUUUGAGUGGAUUGCCAACACAGAGAACAUACGGGUGUGUUGGUGUUUUGUGUGUUGUAGGAGUAGAGGCAGGAGGUGUCGCAAGCAUUGCAGUCUUCAAAGAGUUAGCUGUUAGACGAGUUAGCUGUCGUUUACGUGAGACGCAUUGCACACUGUUUGACGUUGCGCGCCUGCGGGUGGUUUGCCCAAAAGGCCCCGUAUCGGUAUGCUUUGCCAACGCGCCCGCAUACCAUGAAGUCAUGUCAAAACCCCGUGUGGGCAUACUGUAUGGUGGUCUGUAGUAACCGAGGGGAGAGGCGUGGGCGUGAGACGUGAGGGAGCGGGAGUUGAGUGGCGAGAGGUGAGACACGGGUCGAGAAGAGGGACGUGAAGCAUAUGCAACAAAGAGUGCCACAUGAGUGCUUUAAACAGAGAGUUUGCACAUCAGCUAUGGUGUGCUGCUAAGGAAAGUGGCCGCGAGUCCUGAAGCGUGCAUGUUCUGACGUAGAGGUAUUGCCGAGGGUGUUGCACAGACGUCACAUUGCAACCACUGUCAGGCGGCAAGGACCUAGCCGACAGCUGGAUGUUUGGAUGGAUGGCAUUUUCGGGUUCAGCAGACGUUGCCGAUGGGCUAAGGAGGAGGCGGCGGUAACGAACAAAGCAGCAGCUGAUGCGAGGAUGCCUUGAUGCAGUUGGUAUUGCUGUGUUGUGUUGUGCAGAAUGGAAGCCAGCUAGGGAACAGCAUUGCUAGAACUGUUGCGCAUACAACUCCCCAAGCAUAAUGUAAUGGACGACAACACACCUUACAUGUGAAGUGUUCUAAGUGGGAGGCACCUAACGACCAUUCUUGCCAUGUCCAACUUCAUGUUCCUUUGUAACAACACCUUUGCUAUCGGUACCAUACUCUGCUGUCCUUUUCAGUAGGGUCAGGACUACGCUACCGCACAACGAAACAACGCAGAAAGGGCCAACAUGUCGUACAAUACGGCAAUUUGUCGUACACGCAAGCGGCUAGAAGGUAGGAGGCAUGACGUGUCCGCCAA